AUGGAUAAGUUGGAUAAGAGGAUGCCUCGCCUCAGAGCAAUCGAUUCAGGCCUGUUUCAAGGUGUCCAACUCCCUAACGGUGGUCCAAUUAUAUCCCAUCUUUGCUAUGCGGACGAUGUUCUUUUCGUUGGGGAAUGGUCGGAUAAGAAUGUGAAUACUCUUAAUCGGUUGUUGAGAUGGCUAAAUCUGGUUACAGGGCUUAAAGUUAACCGCCGGAAAUGCAAGCUGUUUGGGAUUGGAGUGGAGGAUAACAAGAAGGUGAGAUUGGCUAACGUGCUGAAUUGUGAGGUGGGUACUCUGCCAUUCAUGUAUCUGGGCAUCCCGAUUGGGGUAAAUAUGAAGCGGGCAAAGUAUUGGAAACAAUUAGUGGAUAGGUUUCAUUCGAAACUUUCCAAAUGGAAAGCUAGACACUUAUCAUUCUCCGGGAGAGUCACGGUUGCUAAAUCGGUUCUAGGAAGUCUCCCGACUUAUUAUCUAUCCCUUUUUUCCGCUCCUAAAUGCGUCCUUAACAGACUUGAAAAGAUCCGAAGGGACUUUAUUUGGGGUAUCACGGACUCGCGUAAAAGGCUCAGAUGGAUUCGGUAG